GUUAAGUCUGCUGCGUGCCGACCGGACGUCUGUGGAACUCCUCCUUUUGAGGGGGGAAAAAGGGCACAACGGAAUUGAAUGACGGAGUACUUUUCCCACCACAUUUUUUUCCCUCAUGAACGGGCAAAUCGGGUUGAGGCUGGAAAUGGUUCGGCUCUACUGUGGCAGGGUCGUCUUGGCUUGGACUCGUAGGGCAAAAUCUUGUAAAUCUGUAACAGUGGUAUCGUCAUAACUACCGUUCACUCGGCAAAAGUGUAGAUUGCAUCGGUGUUGGUGUGGUUUUUUGGUGUGGUUGCUCCACUAUCUUGGUUUUCCUGAAACCCUUUCUUGCUUCGCGGAUCGCUUCAAGGAUGGACCGGUCCAGGUCGUUUAUCUUCCCGGUUCAAUCAAGAAAUUAUUAUUAACGUGUUCCAUUCGUUUUUGUUUGGUUCUCUCGGUUCUACGUUUCAACGUUGCUUUGCAUUGGAACUGGUUUUAGGGACUAGGGUAGGGUUAUGAUGGUGGUGGUUCAGGGUCUUUCGAACGUGGGAGCCGUUAUACGUAACGGUCGAAUUCGCUGAGACCUUCUGGGAUAUCCGCCGGAGACCUAUCCAGGCAUUCCGUACUACUAGAGCACUAGAUACUGGUUCGGUGUGUAGACGACGGAAUGGAAUCCAUAUGCAGUUACUAUCUUUGGACACGGAAGGCUCUAGUCGAAAGGUAAACAACCCGAUCUUGCACAAAUCCGUGAGGCAGGUCGGCUACUGCACCAGAAUGAUUUCUGACAGAGACCUUACAGAGAGGAGCCAAGUAUCUCUGUCCAGAUGCGUCCCAGCCCAUCAUUGGAGGACUGGAUCACAGCAACAGCAUUGGGCAGCAGAAUCCGAUGCAGGGGCCGAAAAACAGGGUGGUGGUGGUGGUGCUGCUGCUGCUGCUGCUGCUGGGUUUGUUGUCUUCUUUCCUUUUUCUUUUCUUUUCAUUUUUUUUAUUCAUUUUUUUUCUUGCCCCCCUCCCCCCUUCUGCAACGGUGUUUGUUUUGAGUGAUAUAUAGAUGUCUACAUUUUUCAAGUAAUUUAAAAUCAAUAAUGUUAUACGGAGUGGUCUUGAAAUUUUGAACCCAUCUAACCAGCAUACAACCAACGCUGAAGAUCCCAAGAACAAAAGAGGGAAAAGAGGAAAAAAGAAUUAAAAAAGAAAAGGAAACGAGGCCCCACGAAAGACUAGUCAGUCAGAGAGAGUCAGGAACCGCCGAUGCCAAAACAGCUAGCGCUCACCCAUCCACACUAGGCUAGUUUGAGUAUCCCCCAUCUCCUGACCAUCUUCGAACCAACCAACAUCCGUCCUCCACCCGUUUGGCUCUCUUCCUCUCUCUCUCUCUCUCUCUCUCUCUCUCCCUCUCUCUCUC